GUCUGGGGAGCACGAGCCCGUGGGUGGCGCGCAGCGCAUGGUGGCGGCUCCUCUCGGAGCGCAGCCGACCCGCUGACCCGGGCUGCGUUUCCCCUGACCAGCGCGUCCCGGAGGCCGGCUGGAGGCCGAAACAGCAGCAGCAUUAGCAGCAGCAGCGGUCGCGGCUGCUCCGCCGCCGCCGUCUCCGCGGGAGCAUGGAGUGCGCCCUGGACGCCCAGAGCCUGAUCAGCAUCUCCCUGCGCAAGAUCCACAGCUCCCGGACCCAGCGCGGCGGCAUCAAGCUGCACAAGAACCUCCUGGUGUCCUACGUGCUCCGCAACGCGCGCCAGCUCUACCUGAGCGAGCGCUACGCCGAGCUCUACCGGCGCCAGCAGCAGCAGCAACAGCAGCAGCCGCCCCACCACCAGCACCAGCACCUCGCGUACGCGGCGCCGGGCAUGCCGGCCAGCGCGGCCGACUUCGGCCCGCUCCAACUUGGCGGCGGCGGGGACGCGGAGGCGCGCGAACCUGUCGCCCGGCACCAGCUGCACCAGCUCCACCAGCUCCACCAGCUGCACCUCCAGCAGCAGCUGCACCAGCACCAGCACCCGGCGCCCAGGGGCUGCGCGGCGGCGGCGGCCGGGGCGCCCGCGGGCGGCGCGGGGGCGCUCUCGGAGCUGCCCGGGUGCGCAGCGCUACAGCCGCCGCACGGCGCGCCCCACCGCGGGCAGCCCUUGGAGCCGCUGCAGCCGGGUCCUGCGCCGCUGCCGCCGCCCGCGCCCGCCGCGCUCUGCCCGCGGGACCCUCGCGCCUCGGCCGCCUGCUCCGCGCCCUCCGCGCCCCCAGGGGCCGCCCCUCAGGCGGCUACCGCCGCCUCCCCGCCCGCCUCCCCGGCCCCCGCCUCCUCCCCCGGCUUCUACCGGGGCGCGUACCCGGCCCCCUCGGACUUCGGCGUGCACUGCAGCAGCCAGACCACCGUGCUGGACCUGGACACUCACGUGGUGACCACGGUGGAGAACGGCUACUUGCACCAGGACUGCUGCGCCUCCGCCCACUGCCCCUGCUGUGGCCAGGGCGCCCCGGGACCCGGCCUGGCGUCCGCCGCCGGCUGCAAGCGCAAGUAUUACCCAGGCCAGGAGGAGGACGACGACGACGACGAGGACGCGGGCGACCUGGGGGCCGAGCCCCCCGGGGGCGUCCCGUUCGCCCCCUGCAAGCGCGCCCGCUUCGAGGACUUCUGCCCGGACUCGUCCCCGGACGCGUCCAACAUCUCAAACUUGAUCUCCAUCUUUGGCUCGGGCUUCUCCGGGUUAGUGAGCCGACAGCCGGACUCCUCUGAGCAGCCGCCGCCGCUCAACGGGCAGCUGUGCGCCAAGCAGGCGCUCGCCAGCCUCGGCGCCUGGACUCGAGCCAUUGUCGCCUUCUAGGGACCCCCGAGGGCCCGGGGACCCGGGGCCCCGCGGGGCUGGGGCCAGACAAAGACUCGGCCAAGGGGCGAGAGGAGGGAACGAACGGGCGCCCGGCCACUCGGGGCUGAGCUGGGGGCGAGCAGAGGGAGAUGGCUGAUGUUUUAUAAAUUGUAAAAUAAAAGAAAAAGAAAUCUAA